AUGGGCAUACUAGCCCAGGAAUGCUACCACCUUGUAUGUGGGAGAGAGCCAUCUCCCUUGUACAUCCACAACACUGGCCUCCUGUCAGGACCAGACCACUUGAAGGAGAUCCAGGCAAGCACCCAGUCACCUCUCCUUGAGCCUCAUAUUAAAGACCUCCGUGAGACACACAAACUCACCGUGUCUGAAUCCACAAGACCUCUGGAUGAUCAGCAUCCAUCUGGAGAUACACUCACUAGCGUGGUGGGCCUUGAGACACAAUACACAGAACUGAUGGUCAUCAAACAGGACAUUAAAGAUGAACUGGCAAAGGAAGGGAAGACUCAGGAAAGACUUGAGGAAGAGGGAGCAACAAAGAACUGUGAGCGAGUCUGGACUGAGCAGCUGUUUAAGAGAAGACCUAAAAGUAAAACAUCCCCUAAAAUUGUAGUGGUCAGUGGGAUGGCGGGCAUCGGGAAGACCACCAUGGUCCAGAAGAUCAUGUCUGACUGGGCAAGAGGCACUCAGUACCAGAGGUUUGCGUUUGUGUUCCUAUUUAAAUUCAGGGAGCUCAACCUCCUGUACAAUGAGACACAGAUGUCUCUGACCACACUGAUUGAAAGGCACUAUAAACAUCUCACUCAUGACAAACUCAUAGAAAUCCUGAAGAAACCUGUAUCUCUUCUCUUUAUACUUGAUGGACUGGAGGAAUACAAACACAAACUGAACUUCACAGACACUCAGCUCUGCUCAGACCCAGAUGAUGAGGUGCCUGUCCACAUCCUGGCCACCAGUCUGGUCAGUCAGACAUUACUGAAGGGCUGCUCAGUCCUGAUAACAAGCAGACCAUCAGCUCUGGAGUCUCUGGACAUGGAGAGAGUUGAUGGAUUUGUAGAAGUUGUAGGAUUCUUCCCUGAACAAAGACUGAUGUACUUUAAGAAGUUCUUUGGUGAUGCUGAUGUGGGCACCAAGGCUUUUCAGUGCAUGGAGGGUAACACCAUCUUGUACUCCAUGUGCAUCAGCCCCUCGUACUGCUGGAUUAUCUGCACUGCACUGAAGAGCCACUUCAUGACACCUGAAGAAGAGCGAGGAGCUGCCCCCAGAACUGUCACUGAGAUCUUUGUGAUGUUCCUUCACAACAUCCUGACCAAUCAUAGACAAGAAGAUGAGGACCAAAGGAGGAUUCUGAUCAGUCUGGGAAAGAUGGCUUAUUAUGGGGUGGACAAAAGGACUCAUGUGUUUAAUGAGAAACAGGAGAUAUUCACCUUUGGUCUCCAGCCAGUCCUGUCCUCUUCAUUCCUCUUUGGCUUUCUGCACAGAAAAAGCACUCUGGAGCACACAACGUACACCUUCUACCAGUUCACUCUGCUGGAGUUCAUGGCCGCCUGCUUCUUCUACCUCGAUCCGUCAGGGGGUGUCGAGGAGCUGCUGAAGAAGCGAGACUUGUGUAAAGAUGGCCGAUUUGAGAUUGUCACUCGAUUCCUGGCAGGACUGGCUUGCUGA